UUCCAUUUUCUUGACCCCUUUAGCUAACGGUGAGCACGUGUUUCAGUUGCCGGCCGUUCCGAGUGAAUUUUUUCGCCUGGAAUUUGGCGUUUUUUAAAUACUAUUAAUCGUCUGUGAUCGUGUUAAGUUAUCAGUCAUAGUGAUAACUUGUUGAUAAAAUUAAUAUGAACCCAGAAAAGUUGAAGAAACUGCAGGCCCAAGUGCGAAUCGGAGGCAAGGGUACACCCCGUCGUAAGAAGAAGGUUGUACAUGCCACUGCGGCAACUGAUGAUAAAAAGCUUCAGAGUUCUCUGAAGAAGCUGUCAGUAAAUACUAUUCCUGGUAUAGAGGAAGUGAACAUGAUUAAGGACGACGGAACUGUCAUUCAUUUCAACAAUCCCAAAGCUCAAGCGAGUCUAUCUGCAAAUACUUUUGCCAUUACUGGCCACGGCGAAAAUAAACAAAUCACCGAAAUGUUACCUGGUAUCUUGAGUCAGCUCGGGCCAGAGGGUUUGACCCAGCUUAAGCGUUUGGCCAGUUCCGUAGCUGGGAGUGCGGUAGGGAAAGCUGCCCUAGAAGAAGACGAUGAAGUUCCGGACUUGGUUGAAAACUUUGACGAAGCCAGUAAAGAGGAGGUUGCGCCAAAGAAGGAGUCAGAAGAAAAAUCAACUGAAAAACCGGUUGAAAAAGUGAAUGAGAAACCAGUUGAAAAGCCAGAAGAGAAGAAAGAACCCCCUGCCCUUGUAGCAGAGGAAAAAAAGGAUGCCCCGCUAGCGAAACCUGAAGCUUAAAAUCCGUGCCCGACUACCUGAAUCAGUUGAAAUUGCUGAGUUGCGCGCACGCUCGGUUCUUCACAUAUGUAAUACACACUGACAUACACCAUAAUAUACAUUUAUAUAAGUAACGAAUGAAGAGAUAACACCAAAAAAAAAGAACAAAAAAAAUUUAAAAAAUUUAAAAAAAUCUGAAAACUAUUGAAAAGUCAGAAGAUUUGAAGUGAUAACUGUAUUUUACUCAUCAUUGUUUUAUCCAGAAUAAAUGCUGCUUCAAGUCGA